AUGCAUUCGGUAUUCCCCGUCUGGCGAACAUCUUGCCAUCGCGACAUCCGGGAUAUCCAAAUAUGGAAUCCAAACAGCAAGGAACAACUCAAAACCUUCCAGGCCCACGCUGCGUUCAAUUCAGCAUGGAAUUACUCGCUUUCAUGGGCGUCUGAUGGCAGACGGUUGCUCACAGCGGGCUCCUAUCUAGAUCCCGCUAUACGGGAGUGGGAUACAUCAACGUGGGAACAGGUCGGUCAUGCCUACAAUAAUACUAGUCCUAGUAGUAAGGGCAUCAAUACCCUGGUCGUGAACCCUACUGGCACCCUUGUCGCCUCCACAUCUUAUGAUCACUAUGUCCGCCUCUGGCGGCUGUCGGAUCGACGAAUCAUCGCCUCGUUCAAGCACUCUCAUACAGUGUGCUGUGUCACCUUCUCCGCCGAUGGCAAGUACAUCCUCAGCGGAGGUCUUGACAAAAAGAUCUCUCAGUGGGCAGUGCCAUCGUUUGAUUCCAAGGCAUGUUUUAAUCCUUCACUCUCGGCAAUGCAAAAACCAUAUUUCCCGCAGAUCCUCGACAUGGACUCGACAACCCGCGAUGCAUGCAUAAACGGGGACUUAGAUACUGCUGAAGCACUGCUAACACAACAGAUUGAUGCUGACAAUAACGACCACAACGCGUAUGCCAAUCGCUCAUUUGUUAGGGCGCGAAAAGCAGACUGGGACCGCGCCCUCGAUGAUGCACUCAAGGCCAUUGCACUAUUCAACGCAAAGCAACAUCGCGAAGCAAUACCCCGCAUUCAACAGCCUCCAGACGCUUCUCCUAAUGCUGAUAGUCUUGCUUGCAGUAUCGUGGAAGUUUAUCUAGAUAACUUGAGUGGCGCGGGUCGUAACGGAGAUGCGGGAGAUUUCGCUGUCAACACCAUCGCUGGCUCAUCUGAAUCCGCCAUUUGGUCUACCAUUUGUUCUGAAUAUGAGGACCUUACUGUGCUCUUCGGAUGGGACCUCAAGUCAGUGUGGCAAAUUGCAAACCAGAGACGGUGCGAUGCACUCCUGCAGGCAGGUGGAAUUAGAGAAGCCCUCGAAUCGUACCGAUAUAUAAUGGAUAUGAGUGAUGGAGCUACAAAAGCUAGCUGCCUUGCUUGGUCUACUGGCAAGUCUUCAUCAAUAGAGCGUUAUGCUGCCAAAGGAUUUACUAACAUCAUUGCAAGUGGAGAUGCCGCCUUCGACGCGAACGAUUAUGACGAGGCUAUUGAGCUAUACUCGGCGGCAAUCAACCUUGAUUCAGCCAGCGAUGCCAUCUUCACAAACCGCAGUAAGGCAAAGUUGAAACAAAGGCUAUGGGAGGAUGCACUUCUCGAUGCACAAGAGGUCAUUAAACUCAGUCCCUCUAAUGGAUACCGAGUGAAGCAUGCAGUGCUUCAUGCCGCACAACACUAUGAUGAAGCUAUCGAAGCCUUCCAAGUCAUACUCUCAGAGUUGGACGAUUCUACCGACGCGCGACAACAAGAGCUGCUCAUUCGUGCUCGCAUGGAACACACCCCGAUUCGUGUACUUGACACUUCCACUGGUCGCUUAUGCGAACGAAAGGCACAAAUAGAGGCCUUCGAGAGGAGCACGGAGUACAAGGAACUCCUAUCAUCAAUAACGAAGCGCACGGACCUUCGAAUGGAGCGCAUCAAAGAGGUGGUGAAGAAGUACUUUAGUUAUGUCAUGUUGUCACAUAGGUGGGAAGGGAAGGAGCCGCUACUGUGCGACAUCCGGGGCAACAGCGUGUACGAGUUGGAGUCGGUCGGCAGCGUCGAGAAGUUGCAGCGGUUCUGCGAAACUGCUCGUGAUGCUGGCUGCCGCUGGGCGUGGAGCGAUACAUGCUGCAUAAACAAGGAAGACACCGUGGAGCUCCCAGAAUCUAUCACCUCCAUGUUUCGCUGGUACCAUCACUCAGCCCUCACAAUCGUCUACCUAUCUGACGUCUCGCCUUCGUCGGGAUUUGGCGCACUCCUCCGCAGUGUCUGGAUCACCCGAGGAUGGACACUCCAAGAAUUCCUGGCUCCCAACAUAAUUCUCUUCUACCGAAAUGACUGGACCCCGUAUCUUGAUGAUCACUCUAACAACCACAAAGAGUUUAUCAUGCAAGAGUUGGAGAGUGUUACGGGAAUAGAUUCACGGUUUCACGUCACCUUCCGUCCUGGAAUGAAGGAUCCCCGCGAGAAACUCGUAUGGGCAUCGAAGCGCUUCACAGAGAAGCCAGAAGACGUUGCAUACUCAUUAUUUGGUAUCUUCGGCGUUCACUUACCCGUAAUCUAUGGCGAGACCAAACAGAAGGCGCUCGGUCGGCUCUUGGAGAAGAUUGUUGCCCAGUCGCGUGACAUCAGCGUCCUGGACUGGGUUGGCAAAUCAUCCGAAUUCAGUAGCUGUCUGCCAGCCGAUAUCACGUCGUACGGAUCGACAUUCUUGUUGCCACACCCGUCUGAAGAUGAGAUUCAGGACUCUAUUGAGUUGCUGCAAGUCGCUGUGGAUGGAACGGUGGCUUUAGAAUUGUAUGACAAGCUUAACGGCACAAACCACCCCGGUUUCUCAAACCAGCGGUUACAUCUGCCUUGUAUCAUGUUCCGUGUCACUCAACUCAAGCGGAGGCGCCAUCAACUUGAAGAUGAAGAGAUAGGUUUCACGUAUGACCUGAAGGCAAGGGGGCUUCGUGACCUGCACAUCACCACAGACAAAAGGCUGGUCCAGUUCUCGCCAGCAAGACCCACUGCACAGAAAUUCUUACUCGUCCGUCCCUGGGACCGUCGUCUCCUCGAACUACCUGACUUUUCGGACGAUACCGAAAGCAUGGACGAUUUAUCCCCUCCCCCAUCCCCGUCAGAUCCGCAUGGCGGGUUCUUUGAAGAGCACGAGCCGCUUGGUCCUGAACGAGCGUUACGAUUGAUUGCUCGCCUCAAACGGCCUUUCAGGGCAUUCUUGCUAGCGCAGCAAUACGGCGAACAAUACACGAGAAUCAUAUCAGAAUAUGAUAUCAUUGCAGAAGUCGAAGAAACGACUUCCGAGUCUAUUCGCGACAUCAUAGACUGCGUCAAGACAGUAGAGGUGGUGUAACUUUGAAGAAUAAAGGAAUUUUCAGAUGCCCUUUCCUUGAACAUUUCGGACGUUUCAAAUCACUUA